UAUUUAUCUCCCUGUUCGUUAAUUUCUAUCAUCUCUCUCUCACUCUCUCGUCUUCUCUCUCUGUGCGAUCUGCUAAGGAUUAUGUUCUCCAGUAUGUUGCUUUGUUCCAUGCAUUCCAACAAUUCAAGGAGGAAGAAGAAGAAGCAACAGGGUCACCGGAGUGAACUCGAGAUUGAAGGCAACGACCUUGGCUUGUUGUACUCUUUUCCUUUCGACAAAGAUCCAGUGGUCGUCAAGCAUUCGAGAUUCACUCUCCGAUCUAAUCACAUUCCCAGCCAGGGAGAGGUGAAGCCAAAGAAGAAAGGAGAAAUGGCUAACAAGGUAUCAAAUUUCUCCGACCUAAUCCAACGAGUGGCGGCUUCCUGUUUGCUCCACCCACUUGCGGCCAGCAGGCAUGAUUCCGGAAAUGUAGCCGGGGACGUGAGAGAAAGGUAUGAGUACGAGACUGACGAGCGGGAGGACUUUAAGGAAGAAGAGGAGGAAGAUGUGGAUGAGGAGAUGGAAGAGAAGAAAGGGAGUUUUAAAGGUUGGGAUCAGGAGAAGAACAAGAGCGGAAUGGUGGCUAUUGAGAGAGUGAUGGAAAUGGAGAUGCUAAUGAACGAAGUUUUCGAUUCUAUCUCGGCGAUGAAGAAAGCAUAUGUUAGUUUACAAGAGGCGCAUUGCCCGUGGGACCCGGAGAGGAUGAGGGUGGCUGACGUGACGGUAGUGGGGGAGCUAAGGAGGCUGGGUGUUUUGAGAGAGAGGUUUAGGAGGCGGGUUAGUAUUGGUGGCCAUGGAGGAAGAAAGAGAAUUGAUGUUGGCGGAGGAUUGGGGAUGUUGAGGGAGGUGGUGGCGCCGUAUGAGGCUGCGGUGGAGGAGCUGAAGAGGGAGGUGAAGUCAAGGGAAUUGGAGGUGGAGAAUUUGAAGGAUAAGCUGAAGAACCUUAGCCCCAGCCUGAGCAAUGGGAAUGGAAAGAAAGGGAGGUUCCAGUCAAAGAGGAAGGUCAGCUGCAGUCAAGCUGCUCAAGGUACUUUCUUCGACUUCCAUGUAUUUGCUUUAUCUUCGAAAUGACUAUUAUGGACUCAAAUAAAAAGGUUACUUUUGAAAAUAAUUGGGGAUAUAUCUGUAAUUCAAUUACUUGUAACACUUGCUGCAGCACCAGCACCAGAUCUUUUUGAAGCAGCGAUGAGCCAGGUGAAAGAGACUUCAAAGUCCUUUACAUCUCUUCUCUUGUCCCUCAUGCGCACUGCCCACUGGGACAUUGCUGCUGCUGUCCGCUCCAUUGAAGCCGCUGCUGCGACCACUGAAAAUAACGCUAUCAACAACCACACUACCGCCAUCGCCACCACCAUUGUAACCCACCACGCCAAGUAUGCUCUGGAGUCCUAUAUUUCUCAAAAAAUCUUCCAGGGCUUCGACCACGAGACCUUCUACAUGGAUGGUAGCCUCUCCUCGCUUCUAAAUCCAGACCAGUUCCGCCGUGACUGCUUUACUCAGUACCGAGACAUGAAAGCAAUGGACCCUAUUGAGCUUCUUGGAAUCUUGCCAACUUGUCACUUUGGCAAAUUCUGCUUCAGGAAGUAUGUUGCCAUUGUUCAUCCAAAAAUGGAGCAGUCAUUGUUUGGAAACUUGGAGCAGAGACAGCAAGUAUUGGCUGGUAGCCAUCCAAGGAGUCAGUUUUAUGGUGAGUUCUUGGGGCUAGCCAAAGCUAUUUGGUUGCUUCACUUGCUGGCAUUCUCACUCGACCCUGCACCAAAUCAGUUUGAGGCAUCUAGGGGAGCUGAGUUUCAUCCACGAUAUAUGGAGAGUGUAGUGAAAUUUUCUAGUGGCCGAAUUCCAGCUGGUCAGAUUGUGGGGUUCCCUGUUAGUCCUGGGUUCAAGCUUGGAAAUGGAUCAGUCAUCAAGGCUAGGGUUUAUCUAGUGCCCAGGACAUGAGUUUUUUCGGAUUUCGGUUGAUGAAUGUAAUUUCUGUGCGGUAGUAUGUAAUGGACAAUUUGGCUAUAGGGAUGAUAGGUUACGGAUGCUAAGCAGCGUGUUGUUUUGUUGGGGAUGGGAUUCGCGGCCUGCUGUCAAAAUCCACAAGGCUAUUUCGAACAUAUUAUACAUCCAUCAAGUUUGUUUGUGUUCUACACUUCCAAGCCUCUGAAAAAACAUUCGUGCUUCAGGAAGUAUGAUUAUUGCUUGAAACAAUAGCAGUUCAGAUUCAAGAUUCGUCUA